AGGCUCUGUGUCUGUUGCAAGCAGUGAGAGGGAGGAGUGCUUUUCUUUCCCAUGGUUCCAGCAGACUGCAGGCUGGGGCUCAGAGGACCAGUCUCUCCCGCUGACUCCCAAGCCCAGUCCUUCCCUGCCAUCACUUUCUGCCUACCCCAUGGCAGCUCUCACGGACCUCUCCUUUAUGUACCGCUGGUUCAAGAACUACAACCUGGUCCGUGACCUCUCAGAGAAGUACGUCUUCAUCACAGGCUGUGACUCGGGCUUUGGGAACCUGCUGGCCCGACAGCUGGUUGAUCGGGGCAUGCGGGUGCUGGCUGCUUGCUUCACUGAGGAGGGGGCCCGGAAACUGCAGCAGGACGCCUCCUAUGGACUGCAGACCACCCUACUGGAUGUCACCAAGACUGAGAGCAUCCAGGCAGCAGCCCAGUGGGUGAGGAACCAAGUGGGCGAGCAAGGCCUCUGGGCCCUGGUGAACAAUGCUGGUGUGGGCCUGCCCAGUGGUCCUAAUGAAUGGCUGACCAAGGAGGACUUUGUGAAGGUGAUCAAUGUGAACCUGGUGGGACUGAUCGAAGUGACGCUUCAUAUGCUGCCCAUGGUCAAGAGAGCCCGGGGCAGGGUUGUCAACAUGUCCAGCUCUGGUGGUCGUGUCGCCCUCAUUGGUGGUGGCUACUGCGUCUCCAAGUUUGGUGUUGAGGCCUUCUCUGACAGCAUCAGGCGUGAGCUCCACUACUUUGGGGUGAAAGUCAGCAUCAUCGAACCUGGAAACUACCGGACGUCCAUCCUGGGCAGGGAGGGACUGGAGUCGCGCAUGCGCAAGCUGUGGGAGCGGCUGCCGCAAGAGACCCGGGAGAGCUACGGGGAGCAGUACUUCCGCAUCUAUACUGAGAAGUUAAACAAUACGAUGAGACUGGCAGAACCGAGAAUCAGAGACGUCAUCAAUAGCAUGGAGCACGCUAUUGUUUCCCGGAGCCCCCGCAUCCGCUAUAACCCUGGCCUGGAUGCCAAACUUCUCUACAUCCCCCUGGCUAAGUUGCCCACCCCUAUAACAGAUUUCAUCCUCAGCCGGUACCUUCCAAGGCCAGCGGACAGCGUCUGAGCUGGGGGAGCUCUAGGGAUGGAAGGUGGAACGGAGAAGAAGGGGUGGGAGAAAGGACUGUGGGGUCACAAGAGGUGGUAUCAGAUGUCCUGGGGGCCCUGGCUGCCCCUCACUGCUGAAAAAUCUGGUAAUUUCUAACAGAAGGUGAGUUCCCUUCCCACCACUGAGGCCCCACAGAAAUCUGGGGUGACCUUUGCAGGUUCAGAGACCUGCAGGGUGGCCCCAAGGUCGUCCACACCCAGUCAGGAUGUGGCUUUUUCUGGACCUGGAAAGUCAAGGAGAAAAAAUCCAUCUCCUGCUGAAUCAAAAAUCCCCGUCAGUUGUCACUGCCACUGGGAAAUACAGUGGGAUAAUGUAGCCCCCGGGGAAUGUCCACCACCUUCCUCAAUGUUCACUAACCCAUUGCUGAAGUAUGUCAUACAGCGGACAGGGAGUAGCAAGGUUUUAUCAGACAAAAGUUUAAAAUAUUUUCUUUCUUUAGAUUUCUCUAUCCAUAGGUGAUCGGGAUCCACAUGCAAUAACAUUCACUUAUUUAAUCAUUGAUUAAUUAACCAUUAACCAUUGAUUAAUUCCUCAAAAAAUUAUUGAAUGCCUACGACCUACUGGGCACUGUGUAGGUGCUAGGGGGUUACAAAGAUGAUUAAACCAUGGUCUUUUUUUUUAUUGUCAUUGUUCUGUUGUUUUGUUUUAGUACAGUAUCUAGUAGCAGAGAGGACAAACAGUGAUAGAAGGAAUAAAAAACGAAGUUUUAGAGCGGCGCCUGUGGCUCAGUGAGUAGGGCGCCGGCCCCAUAUGCCGAGGGUGGUGGGUUCAAACCCAGCCCCGGCCAAACUGCAACAAAAAAAUAGCCAGGCGUUGUGGCAGGCGCCUGUAGUCCCAGCUGCUCGGGAGGCUGAGGCAAGAGAAUCACUUAAGCCCAAGAGUUAGAGGUUGCUGUGAGCCGUGUGACGCCACGGCACUCUACCCGAGGGCGGUACAGUGAGACUCUGUCUCUACAACAAAAAAAAAAGAAGUUUUAAAGCUGUGAGGGAUCCUAGAGAUCAUCAUCCAAUAGCUCCCCAAAUCAACUGUACAUCAUAAUCACCCAGUUCAUUAAAAAUACUCCUGACCCAGUGUUAGAAAAUCUCAUUCAGUAGGCCUGGGAUAGAGCCCAGAAAUGUAUGUUUAUAAGAAAGACCCAGGGCACUUGGGAGCCACUGAUAGUUCCACAGAAGAAGGUCCUCACACUCAGAGGGGAAAGUGACCAGCCCAAGACUAUUCAACUCAGUAAUCAAGACAGGAACAGAACUUAGGUAUUCUGACUCCCAGAUAAGGGAGUGUAGGUGCUAGGGGGUUACAAGGGGGCUUGUAGGUGUAGGUGCUAGGGGGUGUGUAGGUGCUAGGGGGUUUCCUUUUAGUUACAGGAAAGUCAGUUUUUGUUUUGUUUUGUUCUUUAGGAAAAUCAAUUUCUGAAAUUAGAAACAUUGGCAAAUAAGUCAUGGAACUAAUUUUUUUUUUUUUGCAGUUUUUGCAGUUUUUGGCCGGGGGUGGGUUUGACCCCGCCACCACCGGUAUAUGGGGCCGUCACCCUACUCCUUUGAGCCACAGGCACUGCCCUGGAACUAAAUUUUGUUUUUAAAGCCUUAACCUUCUGGGUCUUAUGAUGUUCUGUUGAAAAGACUUUUUUGAUCUUGAUAUAUGGUCAAAUGUUAAUUUCUUUUAUUAAAUGUCUUUAAAUUGUGUUUCUUCAACAUCUGGAUGAACUUGAAAA